AUGGGAAAACGCAGCAGGAAACUACCUCCGACCAUCAGCGGGUCAAACGGAAAGGCAAAGGCAACAACAGCACAGCUAGAACAGGACCCGCUCAAACAGCUACUCUUGAACAUUCAGCUCGAAGAAAGUUCAGACUCGGAAGCCAAUGACUUCCAGGACUCAGCAAGCAAUAGCCUUGAGACCACCAACGAAAAGAAGCGCGCAAAGUCUGGUCACUUUCAGAAAUCCAAGAAGAAGAAGAAGGGCUAUGCAUCCUCUGAACCGUCUCUUCCCAAGUCUUCACCAGCAGCAAACCCUACCGAGUUCGUCACGAAUGGGAUCCGGAUUAAGUUUCCUUUCACACCUUACAAGUCGCAGCAGGAUAUGAUGUCCAAGAUUGUCGAGGCGCUGCAGACUCAGGAGAACGCACUGCUAGAAAGUCCGACCGGAUCCGGCAAGUCUCUAGCGCUCCUUUGUGGUGCUCUUGCCUGGUUGCAGAAUGAAAAGAUACGGAAUGGAGAGCACCGUAAGGAAAUAAGAAAGAACCUGGAAGCGGAACUGGCCAAAAUGGACGUCGUCGAGUCACCCUACUUCGCCGCUGAGGCAGCGGAGCCAAAACCAAUCGUGAAAAGCGGAUGCGGGACGUGCGCUGGUUCAUGUGGAACGGACUCUACAUCGGAUGCUCAGCACGGUGCGGCGACUACAGCUUCUUUGACGCCCUUGACCGCGGACGACCAGGACUUUCAGAACAAGCCAGUACAUCACAUUAGCGCCAGAGCUGCAACAGUACUCCAGUACGAGGACGAUGCCUUGAUGGCCAGUACCGUUGAUGCUGCCUCAGUCAAGGGUAUCCCUAGUCUCCGCGAGAGUGUAUCAAUGUUGCCCAAAAUCUACUUUGGAAGUCGCACGCACAAGCAGAUCACUCAAUUAGUCAAGGAGCUCAAGUCCAAUACAGUUUACCGGCCAAAGAUGGUUGUGCUGGGAAGUCGAACUCAUUACUGCGUGAACAAGAGAAUCGAAAAGGUUCCAAACAAGAAUGAUGCGUGUCAAGAGCUGGUGGAGGACGACAAGUGCGCUUACAAGUUCAAGUCGAAUGAUCUGCAGGAUCGAUUUGCGGCCAAGAAGCAUGGUCAAAACAGGAUUUGGGAUAUGGAGGAUCUUAUUGAGGAAGGGAAGACUAUCAAAGCAUGUCCAUAUUUUGCCGCAAGGUCUCUGGCAUUGGGUGCGGAGCUAAUCUUUUGUCCGUACAGCUACCUGAUUGACCCACAGAUUCGCAAGGCAAUGGAUAUCGACCUGGAAAACUCUAUCGUGAUCCUGGACGAGGCUCACAAUAUCGAGGAUGCAGCGAGGGAUGCUGGUGGGCUGGAUGUUUUGGACGAUGAUCUCAGGGUGGCCCAAGCCGAGUUUGGAGACAUGGUCAAGAACAACAUUAUGUACCAACCCAGCAAGUCACUCUUUAGCCUUGCGUCAAUAUUCCUAUCGAUCUUAGAGAAACAGACGACAUUUAGCAUUCAGGAAUAUGAGCAAUCGACCGAAAUAUGGACAAGUCAUAAGCUGCUUAGCCAUCUCAACACGUUUGGAAUCAACGCUGAAUCGAUCGUGACGUAUGACACGGCUUGCCAGGAAAUAUCCAAAGCACUCAAGGAGAAGAAAGAGAAGAAGAAGCUGGCCAAGGCUGUCGGACCUUUAGUGGACGUCAUGGACGAUGGGCCCAAUGGUGACCAGUUCCGAGAGCAAUUUGUCGCCGUCUCGCCUCGAGUCCUGCGCGCCUUAGAGAGUAUCAUCGCCAUCCUCAGACGGCUUUUCAGUGGCGACGGCUAUUGUCUCGACGAUUACAAGGUUGCGUUGGUGGAGUCAGUGGACCACUCUGGCAGGGCACGGCAGGUCGACUCCAGUACGGAAGUUGAGAGUGAUGAUGAUGAAGCCCAGGCGAAAAAGUCGCGUCAUACCGGGCGCAACAAACGGAGCGGUUGGCAGGGGUACGGAAGUCAAGUUGCGAGGAGAGGAGCCCAGGUUGAAAAAAAGAGAGAGUUCAAGUUUUGGUGUCUGAACCCCGGAGUCAUCUUUCGACCUCUGUCCUCAACAACGCGGAGUGUCAUCCUCACGAGCGGUACCUUGUCGCCCAUGGAUUCCUUUGCGUCAGAGCUGCAAACUCGUUUCGCAAUUCAGCUGGAAGCGGGACAUGUGGUCGAUCAGUCACAAGUCUGGACAGGAGUGUUGCCUUAUGGCCCAACACAUGUCAAGAUGGACGGAACCUUUAAGUCUGCCAGCAGCUUUCAAUUUCAGGACGAACUCGGCCGAGCUGUUGAACGGAUUAUCCAGACGACGCCGCACGGAGUGCUGUGUUUCGUCUCCUCGUACAGCCUGAUGGACAACCUGGUGAAUCGCUGGCGAUCGACUGGACAAUAUGACCAAUUCUGUCAGAUCAAGAAGGUGAUCUUGGAGCCAAGGAGAGCCACGACCAAGGAGUUCGACAAGACCCUCAAGUCCUUUUACGACCACAUCGCUGCUGAAGUCGCCAUGGGAUCGGACGGCGGCGCUUUGCUCUUUGCGGUUUUUAGGGGCAAGUGUUCUGAAGGAAUCGAUUUCACCGACUCGAAUUGUAGAGCUGUUCUGGCGGUCAGUAUCCCAUACCCAGGAUUGAACGACCUCAAGAUCAAGCUAAAGAAGGAAUACAACGACCAGCAGUGCCAGAAGCGCCGGCGACAACCCCAAGGCGGACCAACAGGUCAGUUUGGAGGCCCGAUCCCAGGAAUUGUCAACGUCAACCUUCAGGCACUCAACCAUUCGACGGGGGGUGCUGAGAAGAGUGCAGCACACGCAUUGGCAGCCUUUCACGAUUCAGUUGAGAGUCGAGCUCUUUUGAGUGGCAAGCGGUGGUACGAGAUCCAGGCCUUUCGCGCGUACAAUCAGGCAAUCGGUCGUUGCAUUCGUCAUCGGAAGGACUGGGGCGCGAUGGUGCUGCUGGACUACCGUUUCACGAUUCCUGGUACCAAGAAUAGUUUGUCCAGAUGGGUCCGUCCCCUGACCAAGACCUAUACCGAUUUUGAGGUGGGGAUACACAAUCUGAAGUCCUGGAUCGAGCCUCUCAAACAGGGACGUGGCAUCGAAACGUCUGCCUCCAUAUCGACUUCGACAACUACAACGAUAUAUGACACGAGUGAACCGGCAGGACAAACCGUUGUGCAGUCUACACAUCUCGUCACUGAGACGCAGCUUCAAGUGACCAAGAACGAUCCUGAAUGGCUUGAAACAGAUGAAGUGGGUUUCUGCACACUUGUCAUAGCCGAGGCCAAGGCUAUGAUGCUUGAGACGAUGGCACAGAUGGAUUGUAACCUAUUUGCUUCAUUCUCGAGCGAUUUGACCCCAAAGGAAGAGGAAGAGCCGAAGUUGCUCAAGGUGGAGGAGCAACAGAGUCUGGAGGCCGCAAUCAGAUACGAUGUUCAGGAGAUGAACGUCGACCCGGCAUGGGACGACAGCAUUGAUAUGCCAUCAGCAGAGGAUCGUUCAGCAGGCUCUAAAACUGCUUCGAUACCUGAGCGGCAAACCAACAGCCAAGACCUCGGGACUUUUUUGGAUGGUCUGCCAGUUCUUGAAUUGGAUGUGGACAUGUUAGGAGUAUUUGAAGGGGAGAUUCAAAGAAGCUCCUGGCAGUCUACUAUUCCCUCCGACUCAAGAUACGACGAAGCCCACGGCUCUACUGAGAUGGCAGGCAGGACAGGAUUGACGGCGAGCCGUGAUACUGGAUCGAUAUUGACAGAGCUCCCAGUCUCCUCACCAAGAGAGGAUCCAGUCAGCUUUUUCACCAACUCUGCCUCCAGUUCACAACAUACAAACUCAUCGCCAUCGCGCUCGACGGUUCCGUUUUCUUGGGGUAACAAUGCCCUCCAGCCACCUUCUGCACCGACUACCAGCACAGGCGAUACUCAGUCAACGCAGAACUAUGGCGGCGCGGGUGUGUUGAGGGUGGCGUGCAAGACGUGCAACGAGCUUCUGUUAGUUUGUACAGAGCGGCCCAAGAUCAAGACUGUAGAGCGUUCGAUGGCUGUCGAACUCCUCGCUCACCGUCGUCGACUGGCUACUGCCCUCGAGGCAAGGGUAUCCACCCAGCCUUCCACUAGCCUUGCAAGUCAACGCAGUAGUGCGUCGUCUGUGACCAGUCAAUCUCGAGCCAUGAUUCUAACGAUCCGGGGGUCGUGUGUUGUAGAGCUGCCGUUUCAAGGUCCGAAUGAGCAGGAGGAGCUGGAAUGUGUCCUGAGGCCUCGGGAUGGGCUGUUCUAUCGUCGGGUUGUCUGUGCUCGUUGUCGUGUCGGCUCAAGCCUCGUCAGAUCUGAUACAACAAUGGCAGGUCAAGGCCAACAACAAAUUAUCCCUGGCUGGAAGGGUGUGGUCGUUGUCGGAAGUUUGAACGGUCAGCAACAGCAGCCACAACAAGGAGGGGGGGAUGACACUAGCGAGAUUGGUACUGUCUGGUUGAUUCCAGGUGAGAUCAAGACGCUUUAG